AUGCUCUCCAGCGCCUUAUUGGACUUCGUGGAGCACCUGGAGCAUCGCGACUUAGGCUCCGUGGCGGCGCUGGCGUUGCGACGGGUCGUGGGCUCCGGGGACUCGGUGCCGCUGCAGCUGCAGAGCCGGUUCCUGGAGAUGUUCGGUUGGCCCGUUCUGGAGGGCUGUGGCAUCACAGAGAUUGGUGGCUACUACGCCGCCCAGCCGCUGGACCCGCUAGACCGCGAGGGCAAGGCGGGUGCCAUGGGAAGGCCGACGAAGGGGACCCAGGUACGGCUGGUGGAGGACGGAAAGGAUGUGCCCGUGGGCUCCAUCGGGGAGGUGCUUCUGAAGACGCCCUCCCUGCCUCUGGGCUACUGGGAGGAUCCUGAAGCCACCAAGGAACUCUUCCAAGAUGGUUGGCUCCGCACCGGCGACCUGGCGCGCUUCGACCUGGACGGCUUCCUGUGGUUCGUGGCGCGGCGGAAGCUGAUCAUUGUCCGACGGGGCUCCAACCUGGCCCCCGCGGCGGUGGAGCGGUGGCUGCUGGAGCAUCCCAAGGUCAAGGCCGUGGUGGUGGUAGGUGUCCCGGACUCUGCGGAGGGUGAGGUGCCUGUGGCCUGGGUGCUGCCGGGUGAUGAGGCGCCGACGGCAAUGGAGCUGGAGGAGCAUGCAACCAAAGGCCUCGCUUCCUACGAGCAGCCCGUGAGCCGCCUGACCUUGUUGGUUUCGGUCAAACAGAACAGGGCGUCUAUGAUCAGCCACGAGAAGAGCCAGUUCAUAAACUUCCCAAUUGUGUACUUGGUUUGAGAAAUGUCGUUGCUGGCGAUAUUGGUUCCGCAACACAAUGCCGCUGAACAGCGUGGGAAAAUUUGACCGCGCCAAGUUGAAAGACGAAGCGAAAGCGCUGAUGGCGAACCUGGCAGCGACGGCAGGAGCAUGACCUGACCAGCAGCUGACCAGCUGAUCCUUCUUGCAGAGUUGUACAGUGCCAGGAGGCCUCUGUGUUUGGGAUUUGUACAGUUGAAUUUUGUCGGCGAACUGGUCAAACGGUCUGCAGGAGUCAGACCAGGAUUUGUACAGUUGAGGGAUGGCUUUCUUUGCAUCUAUAUUUU